AAACGCAACAUAAGCAUUCAGUCGAAGAAUUAAAGUGGUUUAAAACACAUCUGUGUCGACGGUUACGGACGCAACGCAGAAAAGUCCACAAUAUUCGAAUGCAGUGCAGCAGACGCGCUAGGCUGUAUGCAACAACAAAGUGUGCGCACGUUGUUAAUAAAUAAAAUUGUUAGCAAUAAAAAUAGAUAGCCAAAUAAAAUGAACCAUAAAGAAAGCAAAUCAAUCUAUACAAAAUAUUUGCACACAGAUGCGGUGCCACAGUGAGUGUAAAAAUCCGGUGCGUAGAAGAAAGUCUAGUGAAUUGUGAAGAAAUAUUGAAAGUGGAGUGUCAGCGCAAAUUAAAGGAGCAAGUUUAAAUUCUUAAAAGUUAAAGUGAGUGAAAUGCAUAAUACAAGGCAAUAACGUGCCAAUAACAACAACAAUAACGCAAACGACAGAAGUUAGUGAAAACCAAAACAUAAAGAACGGCGAGUCCUAGGCGGGGUGGAUUACAAAUCAAAUAAAAUACACACAAUCCGAUUCGAGCGGAAGAGGCGGAAAAUAAAAAUAAUAACAACCGCCGUGCGGCGCAACUGAAUUGUCAAAAAAAAAAAUCGGUAUGAACAGAAUGACAACUGGGCAAUUUUUGUUUUAAGGACAAGCGCCGAAGAAAAACGCCAAAAAACAUACAACAUUACUAAAGUUGCCACAACCGAGUUGAGAGUAUCGUGCUAAAACAACAGUAAUAAAGCAGCAAGAACAGCAAACUUGGCAGACAAGCGCUGAGCGAGUGGUGGAGCGACGGGCGCAGGGCGUUGUGAAAAUGGUUGAAACGAUGACAAUUGCCAGUUGUUGCAAGUAGCGUAGAGACUGUCAAAAACUUGUCAAACCAGCACACACAAGUGGCAGCGCACAGAAGCUGCAAGGGAAGUGGCACGACAACAAUACGAGCCGCACACAAGAAACACUAGAACAAGCUGCCGCGGCUGAAGACAGCACAAACUAGUUUUUGUGUGAAAAAAACCUAAAUAAAAUUUACGUUGUUUCCUUUUUGCACCAAAGUCCUUUUAUUUGUCUUGGGCGACACGACGAACAAGAGCAACUAAUAAAUCCAACAAAAGAAGUAGCACAAGCCUUACUCGAACCAAACAAAAAGCGUUGUUAAGCGCCGAAACAUUAAACCGGCAGUGAGCACCCAGAAAAGGAACAACAACCUGACCCAAAGCUACUUGACGACGACUUGAAGGAGCGAGCGCAUGAAAAGCGCAGCAAAGCCAUAAAAGAGCUUGAGUUUCGCAGAACACAGGAAAAGGUGUGACGAGGGCCGACAGCCGUUGAUGUGACAACGCUGCUCAUACGAAUUUGCAGCGCCAAAAGUCGGAGACGGCGACGAAGAGAGGCGCUCCUCGUGUACUUUUGAUUGGAACUGCCACGUUAGUGUGCGUAAGUGAAAUGUAAUCAUGCGGAUAAUGCGAGCAUACCUUCAAACGGCAACAAUAACAACUGCUUACUAAUAGCUGCCACAAUAGCAACAACAACAACAGUAAAUAAUCCUGAAGAGGGCACAUACAAAUCAUAAGGACAACAUUCACAAGUGAGCAAAGUGAAGCUUCCUUGCUGGCAAGAUAUUCAAAUCAAAAGACGCAGCAGCUGCAACAGCAAUAACGGCACACACUAGCCGGCGGCAGAAAUAAAUGAGCAAGAUUGUUGGCGCACUGCGUGCAAUAUGUCCGUGAGGACAUCGGAAUUCUACGUCAAAGCAAAGCGCGCAGGGCACAGCAGGACAACCGGAAUGUAAUAUUCUGCUGCUAACGGUGAACAAUGUCUGUAUGAUAUCAUAGCAACAACAAAGCGGAGCACAAUAACAAGCAACCAAAACCAAAAACGAUAAGAAAAACAAACAAAAAUCAAAACAAUUACCUCAGACGCAAAGGAAAAGCGUCAGUGGCACAUUGCAGCGCUACGUCAACAACAACAUACGCAAGCAACAGCAACAGCAAUCGGUCCAUAGUGCCAGCGAAGUGUGACAGCAGCGAAUAAUGCGCCAAGACAAGGCACUACACGCCAGCCGGACGGCAGCCACGAGCAGCACACAACUCGAAACGCCAACGCCAACAACAGCAACAGCACAAGUGUCCGCCGCAAUGCUGCAGCAACAGCAGCGCGUGCACAUGGCCGCCACGCAGCCAGAAGCAGCACCAGCGGCCGCACCAGCUCCACGGUCGGCGCGUGCAACAGAAGUCGAAACCGAAACCGAAAACACGCCGUGCGCGGAGCACCGUGUUGACAUGAGAUGUCCAAACAGUAUUCUCCAUGCUGCGCAGCAACAAAAACAGAUGCCCAACACAGACAUGGCCUUGAGCGCCAGUGCAGCAUUGGGGGGCAGGAGCAGCAGCGCAGCGACGCAGAAAUUACAUGGCCAGCAAACGGCAAUGCCAAAUGCAGCGCACGCAGCCGCUACCACCGAACUGCUAACGACAGCAGCAACAACAAAUUGCAAAACAGUGCACGCCACUCGCCUGCCAACAGUUGAUAAGGACAACGAUAACAAAAGCAUGAACACAAGCAACAGCAGCACAUUGUUGACACAAAAACAACAGCAGCAGCAACAACAACAACAGCAACAACAACGAACCGUGGCCUCCACAAAGUCAACGGCAGCAGCUGCUGAGAAGGCAGACAGCGCAUUCCGCACAACAAAUAUUUUCGCAGCCGUCUGCCGCGGCUACAGCUGGACCAGCGCCAAGGAUCGCACCAACAGCAAAGCGCUCUUCCAUUUACUCAAUAUGAUUUUUUUUAUGCUGUGCCUCAUUGCGUGCGCUCUGGCGAUGUACAGCAUUGUGCGGCAUUCGCGCAACGAGCAGCGGUUGCGGCAAGUGUUGCAACUGGACGAACGAAUAAGUGCACUGGAGCUGCGGCUCCAAUUAUGUGAGCAGCACCACCAACCAAGGCAACAGCAACAUUUCGAUUUGGACACGAACCGACCGCUAAAUAAUGAGCGCACCAGCACCAGCCCGGAGCUGGUGGAUACCACCGGUGAUUUGCAUAAUCAGCCAGGGGCGCCACCAAAGCAAAUGUCCGUGGAUGUGACACAAACGCUGCAGCGAUUGUCGCGACAGGUGAGCGAUUUGCAUCGUUUGCGUCGUGAUGUUUCGCAUUUGCAAAUGUCGCGUCGGCAACAGCAGCGCCGGCAGGCGAGUUUGGCGGCGGCGACCACCGCCGAUGGACUACUGUUGCAGACACCGCAGCAAACGCAUUCCGGCGAAUGUGGAUGUACGGCAGGGCCACCUGGACCACCAGGCCCACCGGGCAAACGGGGGAAACGUGGCAAGAAGGGCGACCCUGGCGAAAAGGGUGAUCCGGGCGUCAAUGGCGUGAACGGCGAGAAGGGCGCUGCUGGCAGACCGGGCGACAAAGGUCAAAAGGGCGAUGUGGGCCAUCCGGGCAUUGAUGUCUUCCAAACGGUGAAGGGGCUGAAGCGCUCGGUCACGACCUUACAUGGCGGCACUUUAGGUUAUGCUGAAAUUGUUGCUGUCAAGGGUGAACCCGGCGAGCCCGGUCCGCCUGGACCGCCGGGACCACCUGGUGAGCCCGGCUCACCCGGCAUGAAUGGCGGACGUGGUCCACCUGGCGAAACCGGCCCAGCGGGACCUGCUGGACCACCUGGAGAACCCGGACCGAUUGGCCCACCUGGCGCGCCGGGCACACUGGGACCUAAGGGUGACAAAGGUGACCGCGGUGAUCGAGGUCUUACGACGACCAUUAAGGGUGACGAAUUUCCCACCGGCAUCAUUGAGGGGCCACCAGGUCCAGCGGGACCACCUGGUCCACCUGGAGUACCUGGCGACCGCGGCGAAGUGGGCCCCGCUGGACCACCCGGGCCGCCCGGCGAGAAGGGACCGCGCGGCAAACGCGGAAAGCGGAUCUUCGGACCCGGUGGCGCCAAAGACGAGGACUACGACGACCCACCAGUACAACUGCUGCGUGGGCCACCCGGUCCGCCGGGCAUGCCUGGCAAAGACGGACGUGAUGGACGCGAUGGCUCUAAGGGUGAUGCGGGCGAACCCGGCGAACCAGGUUCGCUGGGACCACGUGGUCUGGACGGUCUGCCUGGUGAGCCAGGCAUUGAGGGACCGCCUGGCCUGCCUGGCUAUCAGGGCCCACCCGGUGAGAAAGGCGAUCGUGGUGAUAUUGGACCGCCCGGUCUGAUGGGUCCACCAGGACUGCCCGGUCCACCCGGCUAUCCGGGUGUGAAGGGCGAUAAGGGCGAUCGCGGUGAUUCAAAGUAUAGAAAAAUGCGCCGGCGACAAGAUGAGGGAAUGUCCGAUCAGCCACAUAUGCCAACCAUUGAAUAUCUUUAUGGUCCACCUGGACCGCCCGGUCCUAUGGGUCCACCCGGCCAACCAGGUAAGCAUGGAGAACGUGGCAUGGAUGGGCGCAAGGGAGAUUCGGGUGAGAAAGGACAGAAAGGCGACCAAGGACCAAUGGGCUUACCGGGUCCAAUGGGUAUGCGUGGCGAUUCCGGUCCAGUCGGUCCCUCUGGCAAAGCCGGCUUACCGGUGUGGGGCUACUAAUUCUAAACAGGCAAACACACACAAACUUAACUAUAAAUGAAUACUAAAAGCAAAAACCAAAAACAAAAACAAAAAACGCUAACUGAAACGAAGUUAAUGAAACGUCAAAAAAGCAUAAAUAAAUUGAAAGCAAUGCAAACAAAUAGUUAAUGCAACAUACACACACACACAUACAACAACUUGCAACAACAGCAAUGAACACAUAACGCGCACAGCAAAUACAAUAACACGUACACAACGCACAACAUGCCACAAACAAUACAAAUAUUGCUACACUAACACAUACAUACGCACACAUAUAGAUACUAAAGAACUUCAAUACACACACACAAACAAACAAUACACAUGUGUGCACCACAUGCCACACUAAAUACCGUAAUUACUUUGCGAACCAAAACUACGGUUAUGCAAACACAAUUUGUGACCCAAACGCAGUGAAAAAUCAAAAAUGCAAGCAAAAUCGAAAAAUUUUCGCAAACACAUUUCGAAAGACAAUUCGACAAAUCGAAAUAAUAGUAAGCAUAGAUAUCCCAAAAGACACAAAAACAUAUUUACACUCCGAUAUCAAAAGUCAGGUUUGUGCUUACCGCUAUUUGACCUUAGACCUAUACACACAAAAACAGCAAAAACAAAACAAUUGCUAAUAACUCACAGUUGAACUCGCCGAACUCCAGCUCGUCAAACAACAAGCUUUCAACUUGCAAGUAGACACACAUACACGGCACACAUGUACAUGUGUAUUUCCAGAACAAAUGCAAGCUUAAGUACUUAAGUCCAAGUAUAUAAAUAUUUGUUAAGAGCAUUUCUGAAAAGUGUAAAUAUGUCUAAAUAGCAUCAGCCGAAAGUAUUCCCGAAGAAUUUAAUUUCACAUUUUUAUGCAGCUUAAGUUUCAAUGUUGCUAAGUUUUCUUUGUAUUCUGAUAUAAACCGAAAAUAUGCUUGGCGAGAAUUGGAGCAGAAAAUUUUAUGAAACAUUUUAGUUGGUGAAUAAUCUUCUUCUUCUUCCUAUCGCUAAAAAAAAGUUUUCACAAAUGUAUAUAUAACUAAACAUAAUCUUUGUGAAUUUUUUUAAAUUUUUAUUUCUAAAUGUCUACAAUAUUUAGACAUGUGAAGAAUGAUAGACUUCUUUAGAUGAGUUCAGUGUUUCUAAGAGUUUUUAAACUAAUUACAAGUGGCGAUUCUAGCAUCCUCUAACAGAUACAAUAUUUGAACAUGGAACUGCUCUCCCAUUUUUACUAAGGAGAUCGAUAUUUUAUAGAUAGGCUUAAGCGAGCUCUCAUUUUAGAAUAUAAUAGGAAUCGAAAAAGCAGAAUUAUGCUUCACACACUAACAAUUCAAGAGUAGUGAAUCGAACACAAACUGGCCAACUGGUAUAAAAUGGAAUAGACUGGUAUAAGCAAAUACAAAUAGCACAACAAAUGGUUAUCCAUAUUAAUGAGGUCCUUAUAUGGAGUUCACUUGGCAACUGUUUUGUUGAAUUCACAUGUAACUUUUUGGGUAGAGCAGUCGUGAGUAGAAAAAAUUAACACGAGAAAAAGUACGUCUCAAUUUUUUCCGAAACACUUUAUAACAUAAUGAAGGUUGAAUUUUCAACAAAAGAAGCUUUUAUUUUAAAAUUUUCGAGAAAACAGCCAAAAAAUUUAAACCAUAAAUUUCUGAAAGGCUCAGUGAUCAACUGCGAUUUCUUUGUAAGAAAUUAGCGGAAUUUUUAUUGAUUUACGUGGACUUAUUUAUACUCUGAACAGGGUGUAUAAAAUUUGCCACGAUAUUUUGCAACACCCCAAAGGGAACGUCGGAUACCCUAUAAAGUAUAUGUAUCUAUGAUCUAAUGAUCAGCGUGACGAAUUGAAUUAAUUUAGCCAUGUCCAUCGGUCAGUCCUUCUGUCUGCCUGUAUGUAUAUACAUAUGUACUACUGUGCUCAAAUCGAAAGGUGAAUUUUUUCCAUUUCAUCUCCUUCAAAGUAAUUCCCUCCCGCUGCAAUACACUUAUGCCAACGAGUUUUCCAGUCAUCAUGGCACUUGGAAAACCCUCCGUCGUGAUGGCCAUCAGAGCCUUCUUCGAUUCUGCUUUCAUAUUCUCAAUUGAGUCAAAACGGUGUCCUCACAGUGGUCACGUGACUUUGCUGAAUAGCCAGAAGUUACGCGAAGGUAAAUCAGACGAAUGCGGUGGUUGCAGCAUGAUAUUAGAUGUAAAUGUGGCGAAAUUAUCAGAAGUAACCAAUGCAGUAUGAGAUGGUGCAUUAUCGCACUUCUUUGUUCAAAAAAUUCAUACCAAAAAGUUAGUGAAAAUCGAGGAAUUCACUUUUAGAGCCUCACAAAACGACGCGUAUCUCAAAUACUAAUUAAUAUUUUGACGUCAAAUUUAGCAUAGAUGUCACUAACAGUACUUCCAACUUACCGAAAAAGAAUUUAUCGAUUCGAAAAACACGCGAAGUAUAAAUUAAAAAUUCACCUUUCAAUUUGAUCACAGUAGUAUAUACCACUAAUCAGCGUGACGAGAUGAGUCGAUUUAGUUAUGCCCAUCUGUCUGCGUGUCUAUAUAUAUGAGAACUGGUUUCUUAAUUUUUGACAUAACGAUUUGAAAUUUCGGAUACGUACUUUUACACACAAGAAGCUAUUCAUUCGAUAGAAUCGCUAGUAGCGGAUCACUAAAGCUGUAGCUGUCAUACAAACUGAACGUAUAAUUCUACGAUAUUCAGAACGUAUUUCCGAAAGCAGUGGUGCAGAUUUUUUAAUUUAAAACUGACAAAUUCGAAAUUUCGAAAAGUUAUUGUAAGAGCGAAGGUAUAACAUGUGAGAGCUUUUAAGCGUAGAAGAGUUUUUCUAAAUUUCAAAUUUCAAAAUUGAGUAGAAAACGAAGAAACGAGUUCAGGAACGUUGUUACUGGAAGUCUACAUUAUUAUUUUGUUGACUAUUACCAUAGUAUAUUAUAAUAUUAGCCAGUAACGUUUCCUAGCAGCUGCUGGUAAAAGUAAAAACCUUUUCACAUUUAGAAGAACUGAAUAUCGUAAACUAAAAUACAAAUUAACGUGACAUCACUUUUCAUAAGUUUACAGGAGGUAUAAUACAAACCACCCACAUUGAAACAAAAUUUGAGUUUUGGUUAUAAAAUGGUAACCAAUACAUUGGUUAUAUCUGUGAGCGGAAGCUUUGUAUAAAAUGAUGUAGUGAAUCGUGAGCAAUAAAAAACUCAAUUUAGAAUUUGCUUUACAUUUUAAGUGACAAUAUAGACUACGAAAUUUUGUUUUGAAUAGUUUUUAUUUAUUAUUCUUGAGCAUGAGUUUCUCUGCAUUUCGUUAUUAAGCUCAGCGUUCUUGGAACCAUAAGACAAGCCGUGUCACUUACUAAUACAUAGACUAUACACAUAUACAUAUAUAUAUGACUAUAUAUAUUAAAGCUAUACCACAUACAAGGUCUGUCGCAAAAGAAACAGGGCUGUUAAAAAAAACAACCAAAAAUUAAUAUUUUUCAAAAGUUAUUUUUUUUUAUUCAAAGUAGUUUCCUUGUGCUUCGAUACAGCGUUUAGCCCGGUCAAUUAGCAUUUCAAAUGAGUGUUUAAGGUCAUUUUUCGGAAUGCUCUUGAGAAUAUCGGUCGUCGCCUUUUGAAUAGCUGAAAUGUCCUGAAACCAGUGUCCUUUCAUGGGCAAAUGAAGUUUUCUAAAUAGAUAAAAAUCACAGGGUGCCAGAUCAGGGGAGUAGGGUGAGUGAUGAAUGGUUAAUAUGGAGUUUUUGUUCAAAAAAUCAGUGACAAGCGUCGACCGAUGACACGGCGCAUUAUCGUGCAACAGGCGCCAGGACCCUGCCUCACGGUAUUGUGGUCGAGCACGACAAAUGCGUGACAACAGACGCUUCAUAACACCAAGGUAAAACAGAGCAUUAAUCAUUUGGCCAGGUGGGGCGAACUCUCCGUGUACAAUACCCUCGGAAUCGUAAAAACAAAUCAGCCUUUAUAUUGACUUCUGAAGACGAUCGACUUCAGAUCGUCACAGAGGUCCUCACGACCUUCUUGGAAUCGCUUAAACCACUCGUGCACAUUACUACGGGAUAGGCACUGAUCACCAUAAACGUUUUUCAUCAUUUGAAAUGUUUCAGUAAACGUUUUCACAAGUUUAAAACAAAAUUUAAUAUUUGCUCUUUGCAUUUUACGACCGAUGACCAAAAGCUGCUAUCACUUUUUGAUCGAUAACAUCGAUUGUAGUUAUCCAAUUGUCUUAAAAUUUUUACGAAAUAUCAACAAGAAAUCAAACUUUUUAUUUCAUGUACCCACCAAUAGGUGGCCCCACCAGAAAGAGUUAUAUUUAAAAAGUUCUGUUUCUUUUGCGACAGACCUUGUUUAUGUAUAUUUUCUAAACCUCUGAUUAAAAAAGAAAUCAUAUCAUUUAUGCAUUUAACUAACGGAACUAUAUCAUAUACCCACUUAACACACUACAAACAAUAACAAAAACAUACAACAAAAAAAAACUAUUAAAACUUGCAAACAAAAUUAAGCUAAGUUCCAGUGCUUUCAAGCCAAGAAGAGCCUACCUGCUACGUCGCUAUGUACAUACAACCACAGAUACAUAUACAUAUGUAUAUGUAAAGCCGCUUACAACUUGAAGCGUGUUUUUGCCACACGUUACACUGUUUAACAAAAUAGCAUUUACGACUUUACUUGACAUUUCACCCAAUUUAUUGAUUACCUUGAAUAGAAGUGCAACUGCACACAUAUACAUACAGAUAAAUAUCUAUAUAAAUGUAAAUACAUACAUAUGUAAGAUAUUGAUUGACAUGUGCCAGAGUUAUUAGGGCGUGCAGCCAAAUAUACGCAUAUGUGGCAUAAAUAUUUAUAAGUGUUUUGUGUACCGUCCAUGGGCUUUGUCUACAUACACACAUACAUACACACAAACAAACAUACAUUCACACACACGCACACACAGUGCAGAGAAAUCUAAUUGCAAAGAAACUGCAUAGGGCAAAUACAUACUUACAUAUGUACAUAUACUUACAUAUACAUAUAUGCUGCCGGCAUGCUGAGGCGUAUACGUAACAAAGCUGUUGAGCUGUAGAAAAAGCAACAACACAUAAAAACACACACACACACACCUACACAGAAUAGUUAAGAAAAUAUUAAUUUUAUUAAACUUAUACAAAAAUAUUGUAUAACCGAAGGAUAAGUGAUAAAGGGCGAGGCAUAAGAUAACAAGCUGUUAAAAAGUUAUUCAAAUUGAAAAAAGAACUAUUUAUUGUGUACAAUAAAAACAAUUGAAUGUGGACAUGCGAUAUUUACACACACACACACGCAAUUAUACAAUAUUGCUUGAAGCUGCAUACGUGACAACAACAAAAGCAAAUACAAAUGAUACUUUUACCAAUGGCGAACGAAUAAACGAAUAUUGAAUUCGGAAAAUAUUUACUUUGAGACAGAGGCAGCUGUAGUCCGAGCAUUAGUGCCGACUUACCGUUCGACAUAAUUGAUGAUUGUACAAUAAUAUACACACACACAUAGGCAUAUACAUACAUACAUAUGCGUACAAAGCGGAGGUGUUUGCGUAAGAACGUUAAACGCAUGCAAAUGACUUUGGCGUUUGAUCAUACUUUUAGGAUUGACAAAUGACAAAUGACAGCAUCUUCCAUUUUAGUAGUUACGAAAUUCGAUGGCAUAACAUAACGGCAAGACGGCUUUUUGCAGUGCAGUGCUCGUAAAAGUAUGUAUUUUUAUAGUGUGUAGAGUGGUUGUAGUUGUAGGAGGGGUGUAUGAUUUAAAAUAACGGAUUAGUUAGGCUGAUUAAUGGACGCUUGCGCGGAGAUUUAAUGAUAAAGGACUUUUCAAUUAUUUUCUCUUGGCUACUAUGUAUUUUAUAUUUGAGUUGUAGAGCCAUAGAACACUGUCUAAAUAAUUUUCAGCGACAUUGCUGAGAUCACAGCGAAAAAAAACUUUCUUCGAUUCGCCAAGCGCCAAACUAGACAAGAUGCUCAAAUAAACGGGCAAACUUGUGGUGCAAACCUGCGCUAAUAUGUCUUCUAACGCAUGAGCAGUAGUUUAUUUUUUCUUUUUUUUUUUGUUUUUAUUGUAGGGGAAAGCAUCGCAAGUCGGAGGGCGGAACUUUAAUCCGCUAAACCUAAACUACUCCUAACUCAAGACUCUCACACGGAACACGGACAGAACAUUUAAGUCCGAGCCGAGUGUGGUUUUAAGUUUUUCCCUUGUAUUUGAAAAGCGAAAGCAAUAAAAUAAUACAUGUUCAGAGUCUUCAUAUGCUCUGUACACGUCGUACAGUUCGGACUAAUGUCAUUGUGGAAUCUGAAAAGGUAGCUUCUAAAACAGCCAUGUCCACUAAGUGAAAGAUUACGCCAGGUGUUCUUUAAAUUUUAAAUUUUGGAAUCCAAUAUUACCCCCAGAUACUUCAGCUGCGGAUGUGAAGUAAUUUUGCACUCACCUAUGGCGGGAUCUAAUCUUUCUUGUACCUUCCUGGUGCUUAUGAGCAAAACUUCUGUUUAGUGCUUCGCCAGUUCCAGACUCACAGAAGAGAACCAUUGGCAUAGACCAUUUAAGCACUCAUUGUAUUUGUUUCUUGGGACGACUAAUUGUUUGGCCAUUGCUACCACCAUGUGAUCGUCCGCAAACGCUAUUGGUUUCACGUCUGUCUUCUUAGCACCCCCUCAUUCAUGAGUUUCCAUAAUAGUGAGCCUAACACUGAGCCUUGGGGUACUCCACUAGAGAUAGCAGUUUUUGUUUUUUAAAAUAACUCCUUAUAAUGUUUAUGAGGUUCUCAAGGAUGCAGUAGUGUAAUGACUCUUUCUGUAGACAUUUUUUGCAUUAAAACACGUUGCUGUAACCCUUUAUUUUUAUUUUCUUUAAAUAAAUAUAUAUGAUUUUAAGUCUUAAAUUUUCAAAGUACAAGGAAAACGACAUUACAAUAGUAAAACUGAUCUAAAAUUCCCAAUGUUUGGUUAGCAGCCAUCUGCUGGUUAAGUUUUGGUUAACUUAACCAAGAUUUCUUCUUUUGGUAAAGAACCUUUGUCUUAACAAGAAGUGGCCCUUUAUAAGAUAUCCCCAUACUCUCUUGUAUGUAUUCAACUCGGUAACUUUGUUAUUGCUUUUAAAUAUAAUUUUUUUGACAAGAGAGCAGUAGCGAGCAGAGAAGUGGCGAAUCGAAGAAAGCUACUGUAGAACACGCAAGCGCGAAAAUAUUUGAAUUCAAAAGCUAUUUUUUUUAAUUUAAAACUCCAGAUUAAUUUUUAUCUCUCAAACAGGUAUUUUAGAUUAGAAAUUUUAAAAUUAUUUUCGAAGGUUACAAAUAAAAAAAAACAAUGAAAAUGUUGAUUCAAUUAUAUUUUUUUUAUUUUUUUAGGCAGUUCUCUUAGUUUAUAUAGUUAUUUAUUUACAGGUCAUACUUAAAUGAAAUAAAGAUUAAAAAAUAUAUAUAUUUUUAAUGCAUUAUUGGCAACUUUAAUUUCCGCAAAAUCUCUAUUUUUCGAUUUUCAAGCAAUGAUGAAAAAUUAUAUUUAACUUUUUUUUUAUUUUUUUACAAUAAUUUUGCUAGUUGAGUUUUUAGUAUAGACAAAGCGUAUCUUCGACAUCUUAUGGGUUUCAAUGACAUCUCAAUAAUAUGUAUAAAUAUUUAAAACAAAUCUGAAAAUUAAGCUUAUAAAAAUAUACGCGAAGACAAAUAUGCAGACAUAUAGAAAUACAUAUACAUAUAUGUAAGAUAAAGCAAAAACAAACAAAUAAUACAAAAUUAAAAGCAUUGAAACAAAAAGUGAUCUAGCUAAGCAAAUGAGUGCAACAACCAAAAAAGAAAACGAAAAACAAAAACAAAACUUAAAAGCUUCAGAGCUUGAGAGCUUGUAAUUAGGAAGUGUAACGGCAACAAAGGCAAUUACUUGUGUAUAAAGAAAAAAUAUGAAAUUUCCUUAUAUGUUUCAAUGUCAAUUCAGUUCAAUUAAUAAUGUUGCCACACAACAAAAAAAUAAAUGAAAUGUGGCAAUGUUUUAAGCAUAAAAACAAGUAUCUCCGUCGAUGUCAAUUCCUCUAGCUCGUUCUCCAAAACUCCUAUAAAAUAUAAAUUUUCUCAACUUAAAACAUGUAAUAUACAUACAUACAAAUAUAUACAUACAUAUACAUAUAUAUAAUAAUAAUGUAAAUAACUAAAUUAGUUGAGAAGGAAUGCACGCUCCUUUUUGCCUAUGUAAAAACGUCCAAAAAUUUCACUCAACAAAGAACUCUUUCUCUCGCUCUCUCUUUCCCUUCAACACAACAAACAAACUACUUUCAAACACGCUCAAACCAUUUUACUUCUAAAUUUAUCAACUUCUCACAACUACUUACGCUAACCAUCCUUUAUAUAUACAUACUUACAUAUAUACUUAAAUGCUAAAUGAACUUGUGUUCUUUGUUAGUUCUAGGCUAGAAUAAUGAAGUAAAAACCAACAAAAAAUACCUUUAAAGAUAAUAAUUAUACUAAAUUAUAAAAAAAGAAUGAAAAAUAAAAAAGAAAAAUAAAUAACAGUAAAAAGUAUGACAAACAUGCAAGCAAAAACAAAACCUAUAAAUAUUGUAUAUUGUUAACAAGUAUCUUUAUUUUCUGGAAUUAUACAUAAUUAAUUAUACAUAUAUAUAUUUAAAACGGUAAACUACCAUAAUGUUUGUGUGUAGCAGUGUAAUUUGUAUUUCUAAAUGUCGAUUUAUGCAUAAAUAUCUACAAUUAACAGAGACAACAAUAUCAAAAGGAUAUAAUUAAAACGCCAUGCCGUGCUUGUGCAACGCAUAAAUGUUUACAAUUCAAUUGAAAAGCCAAAAACGAGUUAAAAACGCCACUGGAGUAUGUUUGGAUUGCAUUUUGCAUAGCAACUUUGUCACUUUCUCCUCUUUUUUCCAAUUAUUUUGCGCAAACAAAGCAUUCGAUAUACCAAUACAUAAACACAUUUGAGCAAAUAAUAACUAAAAAAACAUUUACUAACAAAGCAGAAGUGCAUAUAUACAUACAUACAUAUAUAUACAUAUGUAUAUCUAUAAAUGAAUGCAAAUUAUGCUAAAUAUUAUGAAAUGUGAAAGUGUUUUAUGAUGUUUAAUGUGUACAUUUUCCAAUAUUUUUUUUGUGCAUUGCAAAUAUAAUAAAAAAGAAUGGAAAUACUGAGUUUUUUACAAAUAAUCAA